UGUAUGUGUGCUGUCUGGAUUCUUAUUUAAAAAAUGGAACUGGUUAAGUCACAGGUGACAGGGCUGUGUCACUGUCAUGUAAAAGGAAGUCAAUUGUCUAUCUGUGCAUAAAUGAGAUUGAACAAAACAAAUGCACAUUAUUUUAGCACCUAAUAGGACCUUAUGUAAAUGUUUAUGUGCAGUAGCUCACUUUUUACGCGCACGAGCGACUUCGAAGUCACAUGAUCGCUCAUUGAAGCCAUGCAAACUCUAGGCAGCCCAUGUCCAGGCCUUGCUUAGACUAACAUCAAACAUUCAAAUAUCCGUGCUUUGCCAGUGACAUGGGACAUAGUAGUCACGGUGAACUUUUCCUUCGCAGCGACAGACGGCAACAAACACGACAAGGAAAGGAAAUAUCAUAGUCAAAUAUUAACCGAAUAUGCUACCUUCACUUUUCGGAUGGUUUGAACUUUUAUCCGUGAAUUGUUGAUACUACAGCGAAAGGGUGCCCACACCUUCAGUUAGCGCGACAGCUUCACUGCCCAGUUGGCCAGAUGGGAUGCCAAUGCUGUAAGAUGAUUAAAAGGAAUAGGGACCCGGCAGAGAGCUCUCUCUACCAGCCCCACCACCUCCCAGCAGAUGGUGGGGACCAGUCCAACAACAAGCAGAAGCAGGACUUUCACAACCUGGGCUUCAGCAACAGCAACAAGUACAACGAUGGAGAAGAUGGAGGACGAGGCCUCAAGCUGGAGAUCGACAACAACCAGAUCAACAGGCUUCACGCCGUGCCCGCCAACCCAGAGAGGGGGCAGGGAGUCAAACCUUGGGCAGGGGAGGGUGGUGGUGGUGGUAGGGGUCUGUAUAUUCUCCAUCCAGAGGGCCAGGUUCCAAGACGAGAUCCAUCUAAGGGCCCCAGCCAAGUCCCAAUCUACCCUAACACACUCUCCCUGGAUCAUAGUCACCAUCUGACAAAUUUGGGUGACAAUGACUCCCACAAGAUUAUGAUGUUCCGAAAUAGCUCGGACCCCUCCUGGCCCGGUGUGGGGUGCUACACCUCAUUGACGGAUGAGCUGGAUGGGGGGGUGGGGGGCACACCUGAGUACCUGUGUGACACAGGGGAUGAGGAGAGCGUCCUGUCUGCGGAUAUUCCAACUAGUACAACUAGCCUGUCCUCGGCAGACACGAAGGAUGAUAGGAGGGCGCCGGACGUCACUACCGUAGAGAGCGGGAUCAGGAUCUCGGUGACGAAGAGCGAAGAUGAGGGACGGGAAGAAGAUGAUGUGUAUCACAUCACAGACUCUAUGGUGGCGGAAGCUCUAGCGGCUCUAGAUGCUGCAACCGCCGGGGAGGACUAUGAGGACUAACUCUUUAAAAACUCUUAAAUAUUUUCUACAAGGCCUCUUACUAUUCCAAAAGCACAAUCUAACUUCGAUAUCUAUUCAGCUUCAAUAUCUGCUGCUUUUUUUUACUAAAAUAUGGAUUUAUUUUUUAAACAUACUGUAGAUCAUGCAUAUUUGUCUUGUGAGUCACAUGGGCAUACAUGGGCGUACCAGUCAAAAGUUUCUUUAUUUUUACUAGUUUCUACAUUGUAGAAUAAUAGUGUAGACAUCAAAACUAUGAACUAACACAUAUGGAAUCAUGUAGUAACCAAAAAAGAGUUAAAGAAAUCAAAAUAUAUUUUAGAUUCCUCAAAGUUGCCACCCUUUGCCUUGAUGACAGCUUUGCACACUCUUGGCAUUCUCUCAACCAGCCAUCAUUGUAAAUAAGAAUGUGUCCUUAAUUGACUUCCCUAGUUAAAUAAAGGUUAAAUAAAAAAUAAAAAAUGUAGAAUGCUUUUCCAACAUUCUUGGAGGAAUUCACACAUAUGCUGAGCACUUGUAGGCUACUUUUCCUUCACUCUACGGUCCAACUCAUCCCAAACUGUUUCAAUUGGGUUGAGGUUGGGUGAUUGUGGAUUUCAGGUCAUCUGAUGCAGCAUUCUCCUUCUUGUUCACAUAUGGCCCUUACACAACCUGGAGGUGUGUUUUGGGUCAUUGUCCUGUUGAAAAACAAAUUAUUGUCCUACUAAGCGCAAACCAGAUGGGAUGGCGUAUCACUGCAGAAUGCUGUGGUAGCCAUGCUGGUUAAGUGUGCCUUGAAUUCUAAAUAAAUCACAGACAGUGUCGCCAGCAAAGCACCCCCACACCAUCCCACCUCCUCCUCCACGGUGGAAACCAUACAUGCGGAGAUCAUCCGUUCACCUACUCCGUGUCUCACAAAGACACAGAGGUUGGAACCAAAAAUGUCACAUUUGGACUCAUCAGGCUGAAGGACAGAUUUCCACCAGUUUAAUGUCCAUUGAUCGUGUUGCUUAGCCAAUGCUUGUCUCUUCAUCUUAUUGGUGUCCUUUAGUUGUGGUUUCUUUGCAGCAAUUCGACCAUGAAGGCCAGAUUCACGCAGUCUCUGAACAGUUGAUGUUGAGAUGUGUCUGUUACUUGAACUCUGUGAAGCAUUUAUUUGGACAGCAAUCUGAGGUGCAGAGAGCUCUAAUGAAGUUAUCCUCUGCAGCAGAAGUAACUCUGGGUCUUCCUUUCCUGUGGCAGGCCUAAUGAGAUUUUCUGUUUAUCACCCCUACCUUGUCACAAAACAACAGCUUGGCUCAAACGCAUUAAGAAGGAAAGAAUUUCCCCAAAUUUACUUUUAACAACUUGUUAAUUGAAAUGCAUUUCAGGUGACCACCUCAUGAUGCUGGUUGAAUGAAUGCCAAGAGUGUGCGAAGCUGUCUUUUUUAAAUUGUUUUAUUUUACCUUUGUUUAACCAGGUAGGCCAGUUGAGAACAAUUUCUCAUUUACAACUGUGACCUGGCCAAGAUAAAGCAAAGCAGUGUGACAAAACAACAACACAGAGUUACACGUGGGAUAAACAAAUGUACAGUCAAUAACAUAAUAGAAAAAUCUGUAUACAGUGUGUGCAAAUGAAGUAAGGAGGUAAGGCAAUAAAUAGUAUUUACAAUUUAGCUAUUAACACUGGAGUGAUAGAUGUGCAGAUGAGGAUGUGCAAGUAGAAAAAGUGGUGUGCAAAAGAGCAGACAAACAAAAACAAAUAUGGGGAUGAGGUAUGUAGUUGGAUGGGCUAUUUACAGAUGGGCUCUGUACAGCUGCAGCGAUCGGUAGGUAAGCUGCUCCGACAGCUGAUGCUUGAAGUUGGUGAGGCAGAUAUAAGUCUCCAACUUCAGUGAUUUUUGCUAUUCGUUCCAGUCAUUGGCAGCAGAGAACUGGAAGAAAAGGCAGCCAAAGUAGGUGUUGGCUUUGGGGAUGACCAGUGCAAUGUACCUGCUGGAGUGCUGCUACGGGUGGCUGUUGCUAUGGUGACCAGUAAAAAUAUAUACUAUUUGCCAGAGUCCCACUCGACCUGUCACAACUCUCCUUCCCUGGUAAUAGAGAACAGUAAAACUCCAGCCAACAUGUUUAAAAAGGUCAAGGCAGAGAUUUACCGAGCAAAGUCAUCAAGGCAAAGGAUGGCUACUUUGAAGAAUCUCAAACAUUAAAUAUAUUUAGAUUUGUUUAUCAGUUUUUUGGUUACUACAUGAUUCCAUAUGUGUUAUUUCAUAGUUUUGAUGUCUUCACUAUUAUUCUACAAAAAUAGUAAAAAUAAAGAAAAACCUGGAAUGAGUAGGUGUGUCCAAACUUUUGACUGGUACUGUAUGUGUGACUAUUUUGCCAAGGAUUGGGUUGCUUAACGGUAGUCUGUUGUGUCAAUGUUUGUUGUACUCUCAGGAGCAAGAGAUAAUAAUACUCUAGGCACUUGACUGUAAAUAUUCCCUAAACCUAAUUCCUAAACUACAGUACGUUUUACACUCUUUGGUCUACACUGAGUAUACAAAACAUUAGGAACACCUUCCUAAUAUUGACUUGUAACUCCCCCAGUAGAACAGCCUCAAUUAAUCUGGGCAUGGACUCUAAAAAGGUGUCGAAAGCCUUCCACAGGGAUGCUGGCCUUUGUGUCAAAUUGUCUGUAUGUUCUUUGGGUUGUGGACCAUUUUUGAUACACACUGAAAUUGCUAAGUGUGAAAAACCCAGCAGCGUUUGUAGUUCUUGACACAAACCGGUGCACCAGACACCUACUACUAUACACAGUUCAAAGGCACUUAAAUCUUUUGUUUUGCCCAUUCACCCUCUGAAUUGCACACAUACACAAUCCAUGUGUCUCAAGGCUUAAAAUGCAUUUGCUUACCUGUCUCAUCCCCGUCAUCUACACUGAUUGAAGUGGAUUUAACAAGUGACAUCAAUAAGGGAUCAUACAUUAGCUUUCACCUGGAUACACCUGGGCAGUCGGCAGCCUACUGGUUAGAGUGUUGGGCCAGUAACUGAAAGGUUACUGGAUUGAAUCCCUGAGCUGACAAGGUAAAAAUCUGUUCUUCUUCCAAUGAGCAAUGUUCCCCAGGCGCUGUGGAUGUCGAUUAAAGCAGGCCACCUCUGAUUCAGAGGGUUUGGGUUAAAUGUGGAAGACACAUUUCAGUUAAAGGCAUUCAGUUGUACAACUGACUAGGUAUCACCCUUUCAGUAUGUUAUGGAAAGAGCAGAUGUUCUUAAUGCUUUGUACACUCAGUGUAUGGUUCUACAUUUCAAUAGUCCACCAAUAUAGUGCUUAUAGAAUUUAUAUUUCUAUAUUCUGUUCUAUACAUGCUCUAUUCAGUGGACGUACACUCCUAGAAAAAAAAUGUUUCUUUGGCUGAACCCUCUGUGGAAAAUGUUUUUCAAAGGGUUCUCGUAUGGGGACAGCCAAAGAACCCUUUUAGGUUCCAGAUAGGUUAUUGCCAUGGCUUUGUUUGUCUUCAGAGAGCUUGCUGUGCUUCAUUGUAUGAACACACAUUGAUAGGUCAUCUCCAGCUAUCUAUUUUUGUAUUGUAUCCAUGUUGAUGUUAUUUUUUUACCAGUUUUUCCUAUGUUAUUUAUAUCCUGACUGGUUGGCCCAGUCCUUUCAGAGACAUUGCCCAAAGUUUGUAGAAAAUAAUUAGACACAUGAAGAAAAAGACCAUAGUGAGAGGUAACCACAUGGGUUGUUUGUUGUUCCUGUCUGUUGUCUGACCAGUGACGUUAGAUCAUCUUACAACUUCCCAUUGUGAAGCAUACUGAGUUGACCAAGGGCGGACAUGAUGACAUAAGACCCUAUGAAAAGAAGGAAUUAUAUAACUGAUAUUGUCAUGUUCUUACCUUAGUUCCUUUGUUUUUGUCUUUGUUUUAGUAUGGUUAGGGUGUGAGUUGGGGUGGGCAGUCUAUGUUGGUUUUUCAAUGUUGGUUUUUGAGUUAGGCCUGGUAUGGUUCUCAGAGGCAACUGUCAAUUGUUGUCCCUGAUUGAGAAUCAUACUUAGGUAGCCUGGGUUACACUUUGGGUUGGUGGGUGUUUGUUUCCGUGUGAGUGUUUGGGCCACACGGUACUGUUUCGUUUUGUUCACAUCGUUUAUUGUUUUGUUCCAGUGUUCAGUUUGUUUAUAAAAAGACAUGAACACUUACCACGCUGCACCUUGGUCCUCCUCUCUAUCUCCAGACGACAUCUGUCACAGAUAUACUUAGCAUCUGUGCAUAUUGUUUGUAUUGUUUGUAAACAUUAUCAAAUCAAAUCAAAUCAAAUUUAUUUAUAUAGCCCUUCGUACAUCAGCUGAUAUCUCAAAGUGCUGUACAGAAACCCAGCCUAAAACCCCAAACAGCAAACAAUGCAGGUGUAAAAGCACGGUGGCUAGGAAAAACUCCCUAGAAAGGCCAAAACCUAGGAAGAAACCUAGAGAGGAACCGGGCUAUGUGGGGUGGCCAGUCCUCUUCUGGCUGUGCCGGGUAGAGAUUAUAACAGAACAUGACCAAGAUGUUCAAAUGUUCAUAAAUGACCAGCAUGGUCGAAUAAUAAUAAGGCAGAACAGUUGAAACUGGAGCAGCAGCACAGUCAGGUGGACUGGGGACAGCAAGGAGCCUUCAUGUCAGGUAGUCCUGGGGCACGGUCCUAGGGCUCAGGUCAGUUGAAACUGGAGCAGGAGCAUGGCCAGGUGGACUGGGGACAGCAAGGAGUCCUCAUGUCAGGUAGUCCUGGGACAUGGUCCUAGGGCUCAGGUCCUCCGAGAGAGAGAAAGAAAGAGAGAGGAGAGAAUUAGAGAACGCACACUUAGAUUCACACAGGACACCGAAUAGGACAGGAGAAGUACUCCAGAUAUAACAAACUGACCCUAGCCCCCGACACAUAAACUACUGCAGCAUAAAUACUGGAGGCUGAGACAGGAGGGGUCAGGAGACACUGUGGCCCCAUCCGAGGACACCCCGGACAGGGCCAAACAGGAAGGAUAUAACCCCACCCACUUUGCCAAAGCACAUCCCCCACACCACUAGAGGGAUAUCUUCAACCACCAACUUAUACAUGGGCUGGCAGGGUAGCCUAGUGGUUAGAGUGUUGGACGAAUAUCCGGAAGGUUGCAAGUUCAAACCCCCGAGCUGACAAGGUACAAAUCUGUCGUUCUGCCGCUGAACAUGCAGUUAACCCACUGUUCCUAGGCCAUCAUUGAAAAUAAGAAUUUGUUCAAAACUGACUUGCCUGGUUAAAUAAAGGUAAAAUUGUGAA